AGAUUCAGGUUCCUGUUGUUUCACAUGCAGCUACUGGUGUGGCACAUGAGAACAGUCCGCUUUGCCGAUGCAUUGUACACUCACAGAGACCGGGAAGUGAUCAUUGGCAGGUUUCCUAAUAUGUGAAUGAAGAAGCACUGUGGCAAUUUAAAACUGAGUGCUGAUUACUUAUCCAUUUUGGCUUGGCAUGUUUGGAUAUGACAAAGUGUGAAGCUAGUAACUGCUGGAGAAGAAGAACAACACAGGAGAAGGCUGGAGAACGACACAGAGGGAGUUCCUGAAGACAACAGAAGAGGGGAAAACUUACGACACAAGCAGAGGGUGAGUGAAGAGAGGUAUACUGAAGGAAAGAGAGAGGCACUGGAGAUAUUCGGAGGGGUGAAGGAUAGAGAAUCCCAUAUAGGAAAGAGAAGACAGAAGAAAAACGUGGCCAAGCAUGCGAGAGGAGGAGCAGUGUAAUGAUGACCACCCUGAGGGAGGGGUGCUUUCCAGUGAGGAGAACACAGGACGACCUUCCUCUAAUGCCUGUCCUGUAGUUGUAGCAACACCAAGGGUCAAUGGGCAUAAAAGGCAGAUGGGAUCACAUAUGGAUGAUCAGGUUUCCACAGUUACUCCCAUCACAUCAGCAGACGAUGGCAAGGUCAAGGCUGGGGACGACAUCCAGAUCUACACCCCAACUGGAACCAAAAGAUUAAAGAGGAGUCCUCAGCACCGACCAUCUUCCUCAGGCCCGUCACUUUCCCCUGUUCCUGGGCCUAGCCCCGGAAGUCUCUCAGCCCUUGAAGACCCACAAGGCCAGCGGGCAAUCGCCAACAUCCGGGAGCGCCAGCGAACACAAUCUCUGAAUGAAGCCUUUGCCUCGUUGCGUAAAAUAAUUCCAACACUCCCUUCUGACAAACUGAGCAAAAUCCAGACCCUUAAGUUGGCAUCGCGCUACAUUGACUUUCUGUACCAGGUUCUGCAGAGUGAUGACAUGGAUGCUAAAUUAGCUGGAUGUAACUACCUGGCCCACGAGAGACUGAGCUACGCCUUCUCUGUCUGGAGGAUGGAAGGGGCCUGGUCGACCAUGUCUGCUGGACACUAAUACCACAUACCUUAAAGCAACUCUUGUCUUGCCUGUUGCUUUAAACUGUAUGAAUUCCUCAUGACAGGGAAAUAUUCUUACACGGCAUAGGGGGCUGAGGAGAAUUCUAAACUGCUCACCUGUGGACUCACUAUUUCACACCUCAACUUUAGCUUGUUUGACUCAGUGGCAGUGGAAAGACUGAUGAGCAGAGAUUCUGACGGUUUUAUGUGAGCGCCAGGACAGUUUUAUAGGAACGUGACAGCACAGCUUGUUCUGCCAGAGCUCUCUGACCCAAUCGGCUUUCUCAGGUUCUGAAGCUUGAUCUCUGGUUUCAUCACAAUUUUCAUCCUUGUUUUGCAAUCAGUAUCAUCAUCAUUAUUACUGUCUCCUUGUAGGUACGCAUACUUUGAGCAACAUUUGAAAUUCAUUUCAUAUUUUUAUUUACCUCUAUUUUUGCCCUGGGCUAACAAGAGUAGAAGGUUUUGUAUAAUAUAUGAAGAGCAACAAUAAGGGAAUGCAGAGGAAGGAAUAAAAGAAAGUCAGAACUGGAAAGACAAAAAUGGAUGUUUGAAGAGAGAUUGGGCCUUUGACUUUUCAGUAUCCUUUCAAUUCCUACAUUUCCAAGACACUGACAUAUUAUGAAUCCCUGACCACCUCUGAACCUCAGCCAUGAUGGAAAAAGUAGCCAUCGUCCUAACUUAACUUUCUUCUCUUUAUACCUAAACCAAGCCCCUUUGUUUCUCCGAGUGCCAAAAAAACUCUCCUCUUGACAUUCUUUCCUCCCAUUCUGGCCCAAAUUUGCUUGCGUUGCACGAAACUGUGAUGCAGCUAGAGCGAGCUGACGAGGAGGCGUAAUGAAAACAAACGGUUUCUAAAUGCCAUGAAUCAUGUAUGUCACCAUCAAAGGGGAGGCUUGAUGUGGCUCCCUGCUGGGCUCCCAUAAACCACUGGAAGUGAUGGAGGAGCUGCUGAAUAAAGCGACUGUGCUGUGAUCUUCCAUCUACAUCUCUGCUUCAUGCUGCCAUUUCUGACAUUCUGUUCACAUGGACUUUAAGAUGACAACUUUUUGGGUACCUCACUUUUGUAGAAAAGGACUGAUAUAAAAAGGCAUCUUGAUCAAGAUACAGACUGACACGGAGAAGGAGGACUUUCCUCUGAACCGACUAAGCCAGCAAAGAACUGUCAUUUACCAAAAAGGAGCUGACAUUACAUGUUUGGCUGGAACAGUAUUCAUGCUCAGCUUCUGUGUUUCAUACUAUUUUUCCUGCAGUUAAGGACUUCUAUCUUGUACAGAGAUUAAUGUAUUUGUCUGUUGUAUAGCAGUUUUGCAACAGAUUGAUGUUUUGGUUAUUUAGGAGUAUUUACUUGAAGUAUAUACAAUGCGGUGCUUUACCGUGACACUGAUAUAGUAUUACUGAUAUAACUAUCAGUCAUGUGAUAUAAAUAUCACAGCAGGACAUCAGGAGUGUUAGAUACAGUGAUACAUUAUUUGUCUGAAAAAUAAAACUGUCCCCAAGCUU